UUACUGCUUGCAGUCAGUGCUGAAGACAAGUAUGAACCCAUGGUGGCUUUCAUCUGUGAUAGGCCAGCUAUGCACAGAGCAGUGAAUGGGUGGAUUGCGGAUAAAUCCACUGAUUGCCUCACUAGAGUGGAGGAUAUUCUGGCUUACUGCAAAACGAUGUAUCCUGAACAAAACAUUACCAAUGUGGUGGAGGCGUCCUACCUGGUAACAAUCCCAGACUGGCCGAUGGUUUCAGCUGACCGGAAACACCCGCACCGGGUUCGUCCAUUUAGAUGUCUUGUUGGAGGUUUCCAGUCUGAUGCCCUUUUGGUGCCCCAGCAUUGUGAGUUUGACCAUCGACAUGACCAGUCUCUGUGUGAAGGUUUCUCUCACUGGAACAUCGUGGCCGACGAGGCUUGCAAACAGAAAGGCAUGCACCUGGAGAGUUUCGGCAUGCUGCUUAACUGUGACCUGGGCAAGUUCAGCGGUGUGGAGUACGUCUGCUGUCCCAACAAAA